AUGACGUCGGUCCUACCCAAAAAAAGAUCUGGCGACCAGAAAAAAAGAAAGUCCAGUGCUGUUCUUCAUGACCUCUCAAACAAAGGUCGGGUGAUCUCAGGAAGAUCUGUCUCGAAUACGAAGAGAAAACCAUCUGGAACGAGACAUGUUAGUAGAGGAGAUAUGUUUGUUGGAAGAGACGAAGAAGAUGCCAACUCUUCCUUUGCCGACGAUGCCAUCCACUUUCACGAGAAUCGAUCCACCAUUAUGUCCAAUUUUGAGGAAUGGAUCAAGCUUUCUACAGAUAACAAGAUCACAACCAAAAACUCCUGGCAGUUUGCGUUGAUUGACUACUUCCAUGACAUGAAUGUCAUCAAAGACGGUGAUAACAUCAACUUUCAGCGUGCUUCUGCCACACUUGAUGGCUGUGUAAAGAUCUAUCUGAGCAGAGUGGAGUCUGCGGCUUCCGAGACUGGCAAAUUAUUGAGUGGUUUAGCAACGAAAAAAGGCCAGAUCGAACUUGAGGAUGCACAAGAGGAAGGUGAAGAAGAUGGAGAAGCCGAAGACUCCGCCAAUUCGAAGAAAGAAAGACGGGUUAAUCGUAUAGUGGAAUCCACUUUGGUGAGCUUUGACGCCUUGAAGAUCAAGAAGCUAGAUCAAGAAUUGGCAAUCGAUCCACUUUUCAAAAAAGCUUUGGCCGAUUUCGAUGAGGGAGGUGCAAAAAGCUUACUUUUGAAUACAUUAAACAUUGACAGUUCUGGAAGAGUUGUAUUUGAUGCGACAACAAACUCGAUGAAUCCAGACGAAGAACAUGAAUCGGAAUCAAAGCAAGACGAUAUGGAUGUGGAUAAGAAAAGUAUAGAUUUUCUGAAGUUAAGAAACAUGUUCGUAUCGUCUGGUCCAGAACUCGAAACUCUCUCCAUUUGUCCCUCUAUUCUGGAAUUAAAGCUUGCAUUAAGUGAUGUCAAUAAGGCAAAAACGGUACUUGGUGAUGUGAAUGAUCGAUUCAAUGCAGACGAAGAAGAGGAACGAAAUUUAGCCGACAGUGUUCCGCCUGAAGAAAAUCUUCCGGACUACGACUAUGAUAUGGAUUUUGAAGCGCAGGACGAAAAGAGAGAAGAUGUGAAUCUAGAUAAUAUUGAGAACGAAAUCCAAAAAGCACAAGAUGUGUUGAAAUCCUACGAUGAUACUCAAUUUGAUGAAGGAGUUACGACAGCUACGGUAAUGGAUCAAGAUCUAAUGGCAUACUUCGACGAGAAGAUGAGAACUAAUUGGAGAGGACCAGAACAUUGGAAAGUCACAACUCUUAAACAAAGUAAAAACCUUGAUGGUCUAAGUAAGAAAGGACAAACUCCUCAACCCGAAACUGCUCCUAAGAGAAUCAGGAAGGAGGAUAUCACCAUUAAUUUUUUCGAAGAAGAGGAGGAGGAUUUCCUUGAAAAUAUAUUUCAAAAGCACAAGAAUCCGUUUCAAAUCUCCAAGAGGCCUGAAGAAUGCAAAAUAGAUGACUUUCAUGUACUUCCAGAUGAUAUCCAAUUCAAUUCGCAAAGAUUGGUCAAUUUGUUUCUCAAGCCGAAAAAAUCGAUCGUGACGUUUUCCAAACGUUCAAAGAACCACUCAAAUGAGUCUAAUUUGAACGAUAAAGCAUACACCGACGAGAACUAUUUUGCAGGGAAGUAUCUAGAACAGGAGAAGGCGUUGGAAGAGGAAGCCAGACAAGAAAAACUUGCCGCAUCGUUCCUUCAAGCGGAAAUGGAAGAUUAUGACAACGAUAAUUUCGGUGGCAUCGACUUUAAUGAUGUCUUGGGUGGAGAAGAUGGAACGGUUGGAGGAGAGGAAGAGACGAAAAAUGAUAACGGCAGUCAAUUUGUUACUGGGGGUAGGAAAGCGCGUCCCGAGUAUGUUAAUUUUUCCAAAGUGGCCAAGAGAGUGGACGUCAAACUUCUCAAGGAUAAUCUCUGGAAGUCCAUUAAAAAGGAGGAGAACGAGAAGGAGAAAAGUGUCAGUCCUGAAGAACAACUGGAAGAGGAUCGAAAGAAAACGUUUACAGAGGUCGUUGAGACUAUCAGCGAGAUGUACCGUCCUGAAGAGAAGAAGGACCUUUCGACCAGUUUCUGUUUUAUAUGUCUUUUGCAUUUGGCGAAUGAGCAUGGGCUCUCUAUUGCGGCAACAGAUGCCCACGAUGAUCUCUUGAUCAAGGGAUUCUAG